CUCUUCUUACCGCCGUAUGCUCGGCUGCCUAAUCCAACUGCGCAGAGAGCUUCCGUGCUGGCGAGCCGAAUUCCAAGCCCGCUUCGUGGGACUGGAAUCGAGACCACGCCGCAGAUCGGAAGCAACCUGCCAGUCAAAUAGCUCGGAAAAGGGGAGCUUUGUUUAAAGUACCACUAGUGCUCAUCUUGCCUCUUUGUGAUCCGCCCCCCACUUCACUCUUUACCACCGCCGCCCGUUUGCAUACUUAUACGGGCUUCGGUGCGAGCAUUUAAUUUGUCCCAAGGGUUUCUCUUCUUAGCAGGCUUCCAGCUUCGUCUCGUCCCCCCUUCCAGUGCAUAUCUCAAUUUUGGUUCGGUUGCUUGAACUGUACUGCGGCUUGCUGCUACUUUGUUAUACCAUCUUAUUGUUGGUCUUAUGGCUUGUUUUUGCUUUCUGCAGAUCCGUGCGCCCAACAGAACUAGGAUUUUUUGUGGUCCUUCAUGAAUCUUGAGGACAGUCUAUACUAGGGGGGCAGUAGGGUACUACUACUGCUAGGAUCUGGUAUCCUCCGAAAUGAGGGGGAGAAAUGACGGGGGGCAGAGCAAGAGGCCCGUCGUGCUCUUCUGCGUCAUGGUCGUGUGCCUCUGCCUCCUCUUCCUCUAUUUCUCGGGCUCCAAUGGGCAGGCUGGGAGCGCGGCACUAGAGUAUGGCACCAAGUUUUCUCGCUCGCUUGGGUGGGGCAGCGAUGGAGAUGGCGACGAUGGCUCAGAGGAGUCGAUUUUUGGGACUGGCGAUGUAAAUGACGUUAAGCUCAAGAGCUUCCCGGUAUGCGAUGAUCGGCAUUCUGAGCUGAUCCCCUGCUUGGAUAGGAAUUUGAUAUAUCAGAUGAGGUUGAAGCUGGAUCUAAACUUGAUGGAGCAUUAUGAGCGGCAUUGCCCUCCUCCUGAGAGGCGAUUUAAUUGCCUGAUUCCACCGCCACAUGGCUAUAAGGUUCCCAUAAAAUGGCCAAAAAGUCGCGAUAUAGUGUGGAAAGCAAAUAUUCCUCACACUCACCUUGCAAAAGAGAAGUCAGACCAGAACUGGAUGAUUGAUGCAGGCGAAAAAAUUAAGUUUCCAGGUGGCGGAACACAUUUUCAUCAUGGAGCUGACAAAUAUAUAUCAAGCAUUGCAAAUAUGCUAAACUUCAAAGAUAACAUUAUAAACAAUGAGGGAAUGCUUCGUACUGUACUUGAUGUGGGCUGCGGAGUGGCUAGUUUUGGAGGAUAUCUUCUUUCAUCGAAUGUCAUAGCGAUGUCUUUGGCACCAAACGAUGUACAUCAGAACCAGAUCCAAUUUGCUCUUGAAAGGGGGAUCCCUGCUUAUCUUGGUGUUUUGGGAACAAAAAGGCUUCCAUACCCCAGUAGAUCGUUCGAAUUAGCCCACUGUUCUCGUUGCAGGAUUGAUUGGCUUCAGAGAGAUGGAAUUCUUAUGCUUGAACUGGACAGAUUACUCAGGCCUGGAGGUUAUUUUGCUUAUUCAUCUCCUGAGGCAUACGCACAGGAUGAGGAGGACCGUAGAAUCUGGAAAGAAAUGAGUUCCCUUGCAGAAAGGAUGUGCUGGAAAAUUGCAGAGAAAAAAAACCAGACAGUUAUUUGGGUCAAGCCUCUGAACAAUGAUUGCUACAGGAGCCGGCCGCGUGGUACAAAUCCACCUCUAUGCAAAAGUGGUGAUGAUCCAGAUUCAGUAUGGGGAGUGACAAUGGAAGCUUGCAUUACUCCAUAUCCAGAACAAAUGCACAGGGAUGGGGGAAGUGGAUUGGCUCCUUGGCCUGCUCGAUUAACAACCCCACCUCCUCGUCUUGCAGAUUUGUAUGUUACAGCUGACACAUUUGAAAAAGAUACGGAAAUGUGGCAGCAAAAAGUAGACAAUUAUUGGAAUUUAUUGCGCCCAAAGGUAAAACCAGAGAGUAUUAGAAACAUCAUGGACAUGAAAGCAAACUUUGGAUCAUUUGCUGCUGCUCUCAAGGAAAAGGAUGUAUGGGUGAUGAAUGCUGUGUCCCAUGAUGGACCAAACACUCUUAAGAUAAUCUAUGACAGAGGGCUCAUAGGCUCUACACACGACUGGUGUGAGGCAUUCUCUACUUAUCCUCGAACAUAUGAUCUUCUACAUGCGUGGACAGUCUUCACCGACCUUGAGAAAAGAGGUUGCAGUGCUGAAGAUCUGCUCCUUGAAAUGGAUCGUAUACUCAGGCCAACUGGUUUUAUCAUCGUGAGAGACAAGGCCCCUAUCAUUGUAUUCAUCAAGAAGUAUCUCAAUGCACUUCACUGGGAGGCAGUAACCGUUGUGGAUGGUGAGUCCAGUCCGGAAUCUAAGGAGAAUGAAAUGAUACUCAUAAUCCGGAAGAAAUUGUGGCUACCAGAAGCAGGUUCACAGGACUCGACGUAAUCCUUUGGUCCGAGUUUCUUUGGCAUCGUCAGCAUCUGCAGCUCAGGAGCCAAGAAGCGAAGGCUCAGUUGCUCCCUCCAAAUUCGUGAUUCAGUAUUGCUGCUCCAGGAGUAGAAUUCCUACUAUCCACGUGAAGAUAGAAUGUUUCUCAGGAUAUGGCAAGUAUCCGGAAGGCUGAGCUCAAGCCCUCUCUCCUUUUGUUGUCUCCACAGAUACUGUAAUCGUAAGUUAAUGUUUGUUCUCUAGCCUGGUUAGGAAAUAAACCUUUUUCUUGUUGAGCUUCAGUUAGGUGCUUCCCGUCCAUUUGUUGAAGCGGCGUUAGUAAACAGAUUUGGUGCUUAUUGUAAGAAGAUUCAACUGUAAACAUAUUUUGGGGAAAUGAGGUUUAGCUAGGGAUAGUGGCCUCAAACCACCAAGGAAUGUAUACCUGAAGAAUGUGGUGCUUCUGAAGUUCUGUC